AUGGCUGUCGCUGUGCUGAUUAUUACGAGAACUGUCAGUCCAAGCCAUCUGGCAGGCAUCAGGUUGUGGAAAGUUAAUAUUCAACCUGAACCCCUCCCUUACAACCUUGGAGAUGACAUGGUCUGCACUCUGCUUCAAUUCACAUAUUACACUGGCAGAGCAGUAUUUGAUCAACACACCAGUUCCUGGGUGAAGCCACUGCAUUAUAUCUCUUGGCUGAUAGGACAUGAAGGUAGUGGAAGUGUGCUCUCCAUUCUUAGAAAGAAGUUUUGGGCUCUUGCCUUAUAUGGAGGAAAUGGUGAGACAGGAUUUGAACAAAACUCUACCUAUUCCAUCUUCAGCAUUUCAGUGACUUUGACAGAUGAAGGCCUUAAAUAUUUCUAUGAGGUUAUUCAUCUUAUAUUUCAGUAUUUAAAGAUGUUGCAAAAAAAUGGACCAGAAAAAAGAAUAUGGGAAGAGAUUCAGAAGAUUGAAGCUAAUGAAUUUUGUUUCCAGGAACAGAGUGACCCAAUUGAGUUUGUAGAAAAUAUUUGUGAAAAUAUGCACAUCUUUGAAAAGGAAGACCUACUAACAGGAGAUCAACUACUGAUUGAAUAUAAUGCUGAAAUCAUUGCUGAUGCCCUUAAUCAACUCAUUCCUGAAAAAGUAAACAUCUUUCUCUUAUCUCCUUCCCACGAGGGACAAUGCACCAAGAAAGAAAACUGGUUUGGGACACAAUAUUGUGUGUUAGACAUUGACCCGUAUUGGAGCAACUUGUGGAACACUGAUUUCCCUCUGAAUCCAGAUUUACAUCUGCCACAAGAAAAUAAAUAUAUAGCCACAGAUUUCUCUGUGAAAGAAGCAAGUAUCCAUGCUCCAGAAUAUCCUACCAGAAUAAUAAACACACGGGAAGGGUGUUUAUGGUACAAGGAAGACAAUAAAUUUGGUGUGCCCAAAGGAUUUAUCUGUUUCUACCUGGUAUCACCAAUAAUAUUAAAGUCUGCAUUGAACAUGGUGCUUUUUGAUACUUUUGUCAGCAUCCUCAGCCAUAACCUUGCUGAACCAGCAUAUGAAGCCGAUGUUGCUCAGCUGGAAUAUAAAGUGAUGGCUAAAGAGCAUGGCUUGGCCAUUCGAGUGAAAGGCUUUAACCACAAGCUACCUUUGCUGUUUCAUUUGAUAAUCAAUAAUUUAUCUGACUUGAAGAUCACACCUUCAAAUUUCCAGAUAAUAACAGAGCAGCUGAAAAGGUCAUACUUUAAUUAUCUCAUCAAAACAGAUACACUGGCCAAAGAUAUACGGCUAUCAAUAUUGGAACAUGGCAGAUGGUCAUUAAUAGAGAAAUAUCAAACUUUGAUUAAUGGUAUUUCUAUAGAAUCUCUGACGAAAUUUGUUGGUGCUUUCAAAUCAAACCUGUGGGUAGAAGGACUUGUCCAAGGAAACUUUACAAAAAAUGAGUCAAAGGAGUUUAUGAAUUAUAUCUCUGGAAAAUUGCAGUUCCAUCCUCUAAUACACCCAUGUCCUAUUCAGUUUCGAGUGAUGGAGUUGCCUAAUACUCACAUCCUAUGUAAAGUGAAAUCUCUUCACAUUGGGGAUGCAAACACUGAUGUCACAGUCUAUUACCAGACUGGAGCUAAGAAAUUAAAAGACUAUACACUCACAGAACUGCUUGUGAUGCACAUGGAGGAGCCAUGCUUUGAUUUCCUAAGGACCAAGAAUACACUGGGUUACCAUGUCUACCCUGCUACAAGAAAUACUUCUGGGAUCCUGGGUUUUUCUGUUACCGUAACAACACAAGCAACCAAAUAUAAUUCUGAAUAUGUUGACAAAAAAAUAGAAGAAUUCUUUGCACACUUUGAGGAAAAACUCCAGAAUUUGUCUGAAGAAGAAUUUCUUACUCAGGUCUCGGCUCUAAUCAAGCUUAAGCGCACAGAUGACUCCCAUCUUGGAGAAGAAGUAGACAGAAACUGGAAUGAAGUGAUUACUCAACAAUAUGUCUUUGACAGACUUGCCCGAGAGAUUGUAGCACUAAAAAGCCUUACUAGAGCCCAGUUGAUUGACUGGUUCCUACAUUUCAGGAGAAAGCAUAGGAGAGUUUUGAGCAUCCAUGUGACAGGCUAUGGUAAACAAGAAGGAGAUUUGAAUGUUAGACCUUCUUCCGUUGUCCAAGAGUCUAUGUUUAGCAGAGAACCUCAACUGACCUUUUUGCCUUCUUCUCCUCUGUUGAAUAUCCCCUCUAUACUGGACAUCAGAGCUUUCAUCUCAACUCUUAACAUUUUUCCUUACCACAAGAUACUAAAGUAA